UUAUUUUGAAGGGAUGAACGAAGGUCUAGCAAGAUGGUUUAGAGUCGCAAAAGGGUCGAACUUGGAAACUGUUAACGUUUACGCCGGCAGGUAAUCCUACUUAAACCCAUGUUCCGCCUUUUCCAUUUUGAUUUCCUCCACUCCUGCCCACGACCACCAUCAUGGACGAAAAGCCGAAUCCUUCUGUUUCCGAUAAGGAAUCUGGCUCAGUGCUACCCAACGAAACUCCCCUCUAUAACGCUCAUGUUGAUAUCAGUGGGGUCGAUGAAAAGAAACUGAUUCGCAAGGUCGACAUUGCGCUUAUACCUUGGUUAUCAUUCCUGUAUCUUCUCAGUUUCUUGGAUCGAACAAGUAUUGGAAAUGCAAAGCUCUAUAACCUCGAAGGUGACCUUCAUAUGACGGACAACCAGUAUCUGAUAACUUUAACCGUAUUCUUCUUCAGUUAUGCCGUGUUUGAGGUACCCUCCAAUGUAUUCCUAAAGAGGCUUCGGCCGUCUCUUUGGUUGUCUGGUUUGAUGUUACUUUGGGGUGUAAUGAUGACCGUUCAAGGACUGGUUCAUAACUACAGCGGCCUUCUUACUAUGAGAUGGUUCUUGGGAAUGUUUGAAGCAGGUCUAUUUCCGGGUGUGAACUACUACCUAUCUUGUUGGUACAAACGCUCCGAAUUUGGUAUCCGUGCCGCUAUCUUUUUCUCAGCGGCCACGGUAUCCGGCGCGUUUGGAGGUCUCCUAGCGGCGGCUAUCUCAAAUAUGCAUGGUGUAGGUGGAAAACCAGGCUGGGCAUGGAUUUUUAUCCUUGAAGGACUUGCCACUGUUAUUGCUGGAAUCGUAUCUUUCUGGAUUAUACAGGAUUUCCCGGACACAGCCAAAUUCCUUUCCGAAGCCGAGAGGACUGUGAUUGUUCGACGAUUGCAAGGAGACGAUCAGUUCAGUGCCGCUGGAGAGAAACUUAAAUGGAAGUAUAUCUUCCAAAGUCUGUUGGACUGGAAAACGUGGGCUGGAAUGAUUAUAUACUGUGGUUGUGAUAUGCCACUGUACGCGUUUGCACUUUUCUUGCCAUCGAUCAUCAACCAGCUCGGAUUCAGGGCUACUCCCGCAAAUUUAUUGACAGUCCCUGUUUAUGUCUUUGCCUGCAUAAUUACAUGCUUGGUCGGUUUUUUGGCAGACCGAUACGGUCGAAGAGGGUUUUUCAACAUCGGAUUCCUCUGCCUUGGCGCGGCUGGUUACAUUAUCUUAAUUUCAUCUAAGAGCGCAGCUCUAUCCUAUUUCGCGGUCUACCUUGCGACCUGUGGUAUCUACCCGGUCAUUCCUAACACCAUUGCUUGGAUGUCAAACAACGUAGAAGGAUCCUAUAAGCGUAGUGUUUCCCUUGCGAUGCUCAUCAGCUUUGGUAAUAUCAACGGAGCUGUCAGUUCCAACGUUUAUCGCCAAAAAGAUCAACCCCGGUACGUUCUGGGACACGGGCUGGUCUUGAUGUAUAUCGGCUUCGGGAUCGUUUCUUCAGUUGCUUAUCUCUUCUUUACGAGGAGGGAGAACGCGAAGAGAGAUAGAGGAGAGCGUGACGAGGUUAUCAAGGGACAGACUGGUGGGAACGAGAAGAACGGAACAUUUGAGAGCGUUGUCGAGGCAAAGAGAGAGAAAGGAGACGAUUGGAGUGGGUAUCGUUACACGCUAUGAAGUGGACGGGAUCUACAUUCCGCGGUAUUCAGCCUUCGGAUGUUUGUAUACAUGAUCUGCUACCUCAGACUAAUGAAUUUUUGCUACUCCGCGGGUCGCAUCGCCCCCCGACAUGUCCAAC